GUAAAAAAGAACUCAACAUCCCGAAAAUUCUCGCGCAUGCUUUUGCACGGGCAAGCAAUAAUCGGCUUUUCAAAAAAAAGGUGUGGAAUAACGAAGGAGCUCGCCGGAGCUACCACGAGUUGAGGGGCUGGAAAGGGGAGCCAUGCAGUUGUUCGGGGGUACGAUCGUCGUGGUCUUGGUCGUCGUGCUGGUGGUCGAGGCCCAGGACAGCGACAAACAGCUCCAGGAGGCGGCGUUGGGGCUUCAGAGUUGCGUCGAUGGCUUCGUCGUGCACCGGGAUAAGAUCAUCAGGACCGAGGACUCGAGGGAAAUGGGGGCCAAGUACCUCACCGAGUUCGACGUUGAGUCUAGGGUCGAGUGCAUGCGCGCCUGCUGCGAGACGCCCCACUGCGAUGUCUUCAUUUUCGAGGAGAAGAAACCGGGAAGCUGUUACCUGUUCCACUGCGGACCGCCUCAAGAUUUCAAGUGCAAAUUCACGAGUCACGCGAACUACAGCAGCGCAGUGCUCACGGAUUACAACCCCCAGAGCGCUAUUGCCCAGGAAGAGGAAAUCCGCCGAAAUCAGCAAGAACACGAACUCAAAUCUUUGAGAAAAUUGGAGCCCCCGCCGCAGCCACAAUCCGCCAAGGAGUAUCGUUACUUCACGAACCCACCACCUCCGACCUCGACGACCCCGGCAACAACGACGUCUACGACGACCACGACUCAAGCACCGAUCAAAGCUCCGAAGUGCAGCCGGAACCAGUUCGAGUGCCGGUCGGGCGAGGAUUGCAUAGCGAUCUACAACGUGUGCGACGGUAUUCCCCAGUGCGCCGAUGGCUCGGACGAGGCUGCGGAGCUAGGCUGUCCGGUCGAGCGGUCGACACCGGCUCCGCCACCAGCUCCCGCCACGCCCAAGCCUUACAUACCCAUGCUGCCCGACGUGAUCAGGUACCAGCAGAUGAUCCAGCAGCAGCAUCCCCAGUACCCAAUGAUGUAUCCGAACGGGCGAGUGAUGGACCCAAGUAGCAACAAGGGCUGGCCAAUGCCGAACCCCAACUCGAUGGCCGGUGCCCAGGAGAUGAGCUACAACGGCCGAGAGUAUCCAGCGCCAGUCCACCAGCACCACCAACAACAGCCCGCGGCCGAGGAGUCCGGAAUUGGUGUGAACCCACCAGCCGGUAUGGGCCAAAUGCAGAUACCAGACGGCUAUCAGUGGAACUCGGGCUAUAACACGGGGCCGAUUUACGAGCCGCAGCAGCCGCAGCCCGGGGUUGCUGGUAGCGCCCCUGCGGCCCUCGAUGUCAUCCAUGCCCCGAAUGCCCCCCCACCUGCUUACGAACAGGAGCAGAUGUCUCGGAUCUUCAAUCACAAGGGGCCUGGCAUCCGCUUGGAAAACAUGGAACCGUCCAAUGGCGUGUACGGCCAAGAUCCGAAUCGAGUCUAUGCGCCCUACUAUGCCCACAUGAUGCACCGUAACAUGGAGCAGCAACCCCAGAUGCCAAUUCCUACUCCGGCUCCUCCCCAAGAGCAGCCAAACGCCGCUGGACUCCAGAAGCACCACACCACGUCUACAACCUCGCCACCUUGCGAUCCUUUGGAAAAACAGGAUGAUACGGGCGGGGCGAAAAGUAGCGAUAAGAAGGGGGAUAGCGGCGUGGCCCAGAAAAAGCUUCACGCUGCGGUGGGCAAAGCCAAAGGUGACAACGAUUCGCCGGAGAUGCAGGAGGAUAAGCCGAUGCCUGCGAGCGUCGUCAAGUCGGACAUUCACAAAGUUCACGAGCUGGAAGUGCGAAUGCAAGACGCUCACCUCCAACAGCACGGUCUGGCGAUAGCCGAGCACGUGAGGCAUCACGGGCCGAACAUCGAAGAGCUCGAGAUUUCGCGGCCAAAGGGCGCCGUCAUCUCCCUGGCACUGGGCCUUAGCAUCACUGCGAUCAUGGCUGUUCUUAUUGCAUGUCGGAUGCGCGUGGUUAAACGCCGGGGGCGAGGUCGGGGCCACGACUCCUUCAGCCACGAUGCCGAUUAUCUCGUCAACGGCAUGUAUCUCUAAAUCGCGGACGGAUUUUCGCUUUGUUGGAGAAAUUUUUUUUUUCUUUAAAUUUUUGACGUACGUAGUGUCGAUUUUUCGAUUUUU